AUGACUACUAACAAUGAAACUACGGCAAACAUAACUUCAGCAUCUGAUAUUAAAUGUAUUCUUUUUCAACAAGCAUUUACUGGAAAACGUGAACUCAAAAUAGCAACCAUACCAAAACCGCAAGCGCUAGCUGGUGAUGAAGUGUUGAUUGCUGUCAAAGCUUGUGGAGUUAGUUUUAAGGAUGUUCUUGCUCGUUAUGGUCUUUUGGAAGACAUCCCACUGGCACCUUAUAUACCCGGUUUUGAAUGUAGUGGUGAAGUGAUUGAUAUUGGAACGAGUGUUACUCAUGUUGAAAGAGGUGAUCGUGUUGUUGUGCUGACACAUUUUUCAGCUUGGUCUGAACAAAUUAUUGCUAAAAAAGAUUUAGUAUUUAAAAUUCCAAAAGAAAUGUCAUUUCGAGAAGCAGCUGUACUUCCUGUUGCAUAUUUAACUGCCUAUAUACUACUAUUUGAAAUUGGAAAUAUCAAACCAAAUCAAACCAUAUUAUUUCAUUCAGCCGGAGGUGGUGUCGGUGUUGCAAUUACUCAACUCUCAAAGCUCGUGCCUAAUCUAACUAUUAUAGCAACUGCAAGUGCACAUAAAUUUGAAGUAUUACGUGGGCAUAUUCAUUAUUUAUUUGAACAUGAUAUUGACUACACAGAAGAUGUUAAAAAAAUAGCACCUGAGGGUGUUGAUUUAGUACUUGAUUGUAUGGCCGGUGAUGAUUGUGAACGUGGUCUUGCCUUACUUAAAUUUAAUGGGAAAUAUAUUAUGUAUGGUACAUCAAGCUUACUUAGUUGGAGUGUAAAGAAUUUCUUUGGCAUUACAAAAGGAAUGUCUAAUUGGUGGCAAAAUGAUAAAAUAAGUUGUUUACGUUUAUUUCAAGAUAACAAAUCUGUACAUGGUUUUAAUUUGGUUCAAUUACUUUUACGUGGUUCAAAUGAUACACGUCGUUAUUUAGGUGACAUGAUGCAUAAGUUGUUUAUUCUUUAUCGAGAAGGAAAAAUAAAGCCAAUUGUCGAUUCUACAUUUACAUUUGAAGAUGUUAAUGAUGCUCUUGGAAGAUUGAUCGAUCGUAAAAAUAUUGGUACAGUAGUAAUCGAACCUUUUCUUCAAUCAAAAUCAGACAAAGAAAAAAAAUCAAAAACAGAUACAACGCGUGUACGAACUGAUGAUGGUCAUUCAAGUUCAACAUCGGGUCCUGAUGAUGAUGGUAAUGAUGAGGACGUUGACGAUCAUAAUAAAGAUCCAGAUGUUUCUCAGCAAAACAAUUCAUCAUCGAAUCCUUGA